AUGUCGGAUCCUUCCAAGCUAGGCUCCUCAAUGGAGUCCUCCAGCGACAUCGACAUGACCUCGCAUGCGAGCGACAUCGACAUGGCUUCAGAUACGAGUGACAUCGACAUGGCUUCGGAUGCGAGCGACAGCGGGACGUCUCCCAUUGAGAAGAUUCCUCUAGAAGUUCUCUCCUAUGCCCUCUCCUUCAUCCCCGACAGAGCCUCUAUCCGUGCGGCCAUGCUCUCCGGUCCGAAGCUUUACAGCGUUUUCAAGCAACGUCCAGCCUACAUCGCAUCAUGCGUCCUCUUCAACUCCAUGGAGGAACCCGUUUAUCGGGAAGCCACCGUGACCUACAACAUGAAAAUGGCAAAAUGGAAGGGUCUCAAGGCUGGUAUCAAGGCUAUCAAUCGCGUCUAUUCGAGUGAACAGCACCGUAUCUAUAGCCAGUUCCUCACGUUCGACCGGGUCAAGCAGAUGUGGCGCCUUCAUAAAGCGGUCGAAUACUUUGCAGAGCGCCUUCCUUCGUCUCUCAUUCAGAAGCAUCCGGUCGUCAAGUACAAAGAUGCAUUUUCUAUCAACACUAACGUUCGUGUGCGCUUUCAGCGUACUUUGUAUCGCUUGGACGCAUUUUUGAACAUCACGAAGCUCAUGAUUGCCUCGCACCUACACGACAAUCAUGGGAAGAACAGAACCCCGACCGAAGAGGAGCGUAAGGAGGCUCACUGGGUUCAUUGCCUGCAUGAGUUGGAGGAACAUCGUAUUCUCAAAGCUUUUCACAACCAGUACUCUGCCGUGGAGAUUGAGCAGCUGACCAGCAUCUGUGGCAUCUUGGUUAUCGAAAUCGCACCUUCUUUCAAUACCUUUCUCGAACGAGAUAUUGAAUUGGGUACCCAGCUGCCAUACUACAUCAGCCAUGCCCUCUGCCCUGGGUCAAUGAGUCUCAUUGCUCAAGGCCUCCCCUUUCUGAAAGACUUUCUCACUGCUGGGUCGCGAAUCGAGAGAGCAAAAGUUAUGCGAAGUAUUAAUCCACCCAUUGACUGGAACCCCCAUCUGCCAACCAGACCUCCUUUCCCUGGUAACGACGAGCAGCUCACCUGUGUUGUCCACGACUACGAGGGGACUCCGGGAAAGUGGGCACGGAUGGACACUCCAGACUUCAUCAUGCGUACUCCUUUCAUCAAAGAUCCCGACCCCGGACCAGAGAACGCGUGGCAUAUCCUAAGUCGCUAUGCAAUUUUCCUGAACGACUUCGAUGGCGAAGUUACUCCUUACCAGCCACUUCCUUGGGGGUACGUCUUCUGGGACAUUGACAUGUUUGACAAGGCCGAAUUUAUCAAUAUCAGAAUUGAGCAUCACAAUGAAUCCGGCUUCACCCUCGACGCAAGCCACCCAAUCCACGCUACCUGGAAGCCCCUGGCUAAAUGGGAUUCCCAUAUGGCUACUGACCGAUUGCUCAUGUCCUGCCAGGAGAAGGUUUACCUCAAGAACCGUGGUCAAACAGGAUACUUCAACUUUGACUCCUGGACUAUGUCUGCUGAAGUGAAUAUGCUCCAUCGGCUGAACAGCUUGCCCCGGGGAGACUUGGAGAAUGCCCUUCAGCAGAUAGAAACGCCUGAACUACUGCAACAGUUUCUUGUAGCCAUGGAGGCCUCGCACCCGAAUAUUAUUCAAAUUGCCAUUGAUUUGUCGACAGCUGGAGCCUUGAAUGCUUUGGCCCCAGGCACUCCGGCUGGACCUCCAGUUCCUGAUGAUGAUGAUGUUGACGAUGACGAUGACGAUGACGGUGAGGAUGAUGCGAACUGA